CCAGAUAUGUGGAGAGUUGCUUUGGGCAAUUUUGUACUAUAUAUUUUACAUAAUGCAUCAUAUAGUGAGGCGUAUCUUGUGGGAGCUGGGUUUAAUGUACGCUUCGCACAAAUGCUCCAAACGGAUACCAAAUACAAGGUCCUAAGAGAAGAAAUGAUUAAAGCGAACACUCGUAAUUUGGCCUACCACUGCCGUGCCGACAAAAGUGAUUGCGAUGCGGCUCUCGCGAAAAUGCGGUACAAAGCCAGUAAACACUUCUACGCUUUGUCUAAGGCUGUAGUCGACUACGUGAAGAACAGAAGACAAGCACGUCCUACAGGCUAUGUUGGUACGGCGACCUUCUGCCAGGACAACAUAUGCGUGCCCGACACCGAUCCGCCCAUCGUGUAUGGAGGCUGCUACACCCUCAUCUCGUGCGGCGGGAACCAGACCUGGCAUCUGGACCCCGUGGUCUACAAGAAGAGGAAAAACAAAUAUUACUGACCAUGAAAA